AUGACUCCGGGUCCAUGUCCAACACCCAUCCGGACUUCUCUGGUCCAUGUACGUCCAACAACCAUCAAUCAGGGACCCCGCCUGGCCCUUCGGCUCCCGUCUACCUCAUUCCGCGAAGGUUACGCAUUCGUAACGACUAACAUCAUAAACCACCAGCGCGCCAAUCCACCGCUCGACAUGUCCCACAUGGAAGUAUACCCAGUAAACUUUGUAACCUCGGAACAAUCAAUACCUGUAGGAUCCGACGAUGAGUGGUUCCCGAAUAACUCGCUUUCGGAAGUCAACUACAUGGCGGGCUUAGGAAGUACUCAGGACACUGGCAUGACGUAUGGCGAAUAUCAAGGGACAGUGUUCAACACCAUGAACUUGGAGAAUAACAACAACGCCAUACACUUCACAGCAUUGCCGCACGGUUCCUUCAUCAACAACAAUACUCAUGCCGUUCAUGGAACGCAUUCCCAUAUAUUUAUGGGUACCCCGGACUACGGUCAUGUCGAUGUCUAUGCGCAACCCCCCGACCUUGGCCUCAAUUUUAACCUCGCGCUCAACCCGGCUUCGGCAAUACGGUCGAGCACGAUGCCCAACACCACACCUUUGCUGACUCCACCCAUCACCACCGCCGCCACCCCCAUGACGAUAGCCGUCAAUGACCACAACUGUGGCCACGGCCACGACGCUGACUACAACUACAACACAAACGCCCCAAAGCUCCUAGAACAAAAAGCAAGCGCAAGCGCAAGCAGACGCAGAGAGAAAAAACAAGGACGGGUCUACAGGGUUUCCUACAAUAACCAUCCCUCCCACCGCUAUACCUGUCACCCUUGCCGCUUCUCCACAGACGUUAAGCGAGACUUUGCUCGUCACAGAGAGACCAAGAAGCACAAGACAAAAUCCCAACAGGAGGAAGAAGAGGAGGAUAUGCACAGACUCGAAGGCAACAUUGCUAUGGGAAGGCAAGGGAGAUGA